UCAGUGUGACACCUGAUUGGGAUGUGAUCGGAUUGGCUUAGAGAGAAUUGGACCAUUCCUUAAUGAGCAGCGGCUGCUGGAGACAGAAUUUAAAGACUUGAGUUGGGCCUCUCAGUCUGAGUGGAGAGAGAGUGUGUGUCAGUGAAGUGGGAGAGCUGUUUCAGGGCUGGCCAUUUGAACACGAUGAAUGAGCCUGUGAAAAAGAAAACUCCUAAAGCAGCUGCAGCUGAGAAGAAACACAGUAAGCGUAGACUGAAGAGGAAGGAGAGUUACUCAGUUUAUAUCUAUAAGGUCCUUAAACAGGUUCACCCUGAUACUGGGAUUUCCAGUAAAGCCAUGAGCAUCAUGAACUCCUUUGUGAAUGAUGUGUUUGAACGGAUUGCAACAGAAGCAUCACGACUGACCCAAUACAACAAGAGGAGCACCAUCACCAGCCGGGAGGUGCAGACUGCAGUCCGACUGCUCCUGCCUGGGGAGCUGGCCAAGCAUGCGGUGUCUGAGGGCACAAAAGCUGUCACCAAGUAUACCAGUGCCAAGUAGAGGAAUGGAGCAGCAAGUAAAGGGGAUGUAGCUUCAUCAAACCCUUGGCCACUUCAUCCUGCUCAAUAAAGAUUAAUUUGCUGCA